CAUAGUCACGUCCACAAUAGAUAAGGAACCUGGACUAUAUAUAAGCGCAUUUUUUUCAUGGAGUAUCACAACAUAGUCACCUGUCGAUCUACACAUUCAGCCACUGGUAAAUUUUGAAAAAAAUAUAUUUUUAAAAAUGGCAUCCAAAAUUUUAAUUUCCCUUGGAAUAUUUUUAACUAUUUAUGUUAAUUAUAUAUCUGCUCAUCCAUUCACUUCAUUUGAUGACAAAAAUCAAAGCUGUGUUCCGGCUUCAGGAAUCUGCCAUAAAUCAGGAUCAGAAGGUUACAUGCCCUGUUGUAAUAAAUUCGAUCUCUGUUUUGCUUCAGUAUCUGAACCCGUGGCUCGUUGUGGUGGUGACGGUUUACUCGGUAGCAGUUGUGACAAUACUUUCCAAUGUACGAAAGUUCAAGGUGCAAUUUGUGAAAACGGGAUAUGUACUUGCGGAAAAGAUGCUACUGAGUACACAAGACAUAGAUGUAAACCAAAUCACAUGUCCCCGCGUGUUACAUGGAACAACAAAUAAUAAUUUAUGAUUGCCUAAAAAUUUAUUAAUAUACUUACGAUAUAUAUUUCAAAUAUAUAUGAUUCUUCAUAAAUUGUAUUGCAACAAAAAAAUCUAAUAAAAAUUUAUUUCAAUAA